CUGGCUCCAAAAUUGCAAAUAUCAAAACAUGUCAAAAUUUCUCCACGGACAAAUGGCACUGGAGCGAGUGACGGAGCGAGUACAACUCACUGAAUAUGCGCAAAUGAAAAAAACGCUGGCAGAUUGCAAGCUCAUUUUCAAGAUGGCGGAUCCGGGUGACAAACAUAUGGGUAUGUUUCCUUUAACUACGAGACAGUUCUCUGCUACAUUCCUUGAUUUUCAGCGUAAUAGUCGCGGCUAUAACGACAAAGUAGAAUCUGCAGACCAAGAUGUAACUAAGAGGCUUCUAAAUCCGUUUCUUCCCGAAUUCGAAGUCUUUCCUAUACCACAAUGUCACCGUUUUGGGAAGGCAAUGUGGGCUUUUGCAAAACAGUGCACUGCAAUACAGCGUCAGUCAACAAAUCAGAACACUGACCUGACUCUACCUCCUUGUCGUUUAAAUUCGGAAGAAGAUUUGCAAGUCACUCCGUCAAGAGUCGAUGAACCUCCACGGUCUUCAGAACUUCCGCACGAACCGACACCUACAUCAUGUAACAUACCCGAACUAAAUGAGCAACCAAAUGUAGAAGAGCUGUGUACUGGGCCUUUAAAGAGUAAUUUCACUGACACUGCAGCAUGGAAUGGAGCCUCAAAAAUAAGAACAACUUCCAAUGGAACUGAUCAAAAUAAAAACACAGUUAUCUCUGAAUUCCCAAUGUCACAAAAUUCAGAUUUUCAUCUGUUAGAUUGUUUACAACAGCAAUUUAGAGGUAGCUGUAAAGAAGUAUUUUAUGAAGCUCAUGUGGACGACAAAUUAAGUACAUCUGAGGCAGUAUCUAACAGGAGUUCUUCACAUUUUGAGAACUACGUUGAACUGGGUAAUUUGGAACCUAGAAUAACAUUGAGCACAGACUGUCAUCCAGAGAAUGACUACGAAAAGAGGGUUGAUAUUCAUGGUGGUUCAGAAAGCAAACACGAUGAUUUGCUUUCUGGUGAUGAAAAGUGUGUGAAGACCAAGAAAAAUGUCAAAACUGAAGAAUGUGUGGCCUCUAUGCUUGAGAAUAAGGAUGUUACAAAAGACCAAAAUCUAUGUGAUGCUAUGAUUAGUGAAAAACAGAAUACUGUGAUGUUGGACGAAUCUCUUCACAAGAAGAGUCACAUCAUGCCAUUACCUUUGUAUAAGAAAGGAAAUCAUAGCAACAUCCCGAUUUCAAAAUCUCUGACUAUAAAUCUUAACUUAGAUGCUCUGUUGUCAGUUCUUCACAGUGAAAAGAAAACUGUAAAGUAUGCUGAACAUGACGGCAGCAUUUAUGGGAAAGUUGCUGUUUUAUAUGGCUUCCAACAGAAUACAUCAGUGUCAGUACUUCAAGCAGAGAUGGUAGGCUGGUAUGACUACAUUUCAGGAACUGUGAAUGGAUUACAACAAGGUCUCUGUCAUGAUAAUACUGGAUCUCAGGUAGAAAACAAUACCUUGCAGGUAAAGCAAUAAAUGAAAGAUGUUCUUACCCUGGGUUGGAGGUUACAUGUAGGGAUGCUCGUCAGAAAAAUUGAAUUAAACCCCUAAAGGAGACCAAUCUAGGUAUGGCUUGAGCUUUAUUUGACCCCAAAGAGAUACCACUUAAAACGGAAUAGGCUCGCUUACAAACUGCUGUUCAGGAAUGGAGCCUGUGCCAGUAGACUGGACUCGAGAGAGCUGCA